AUGGAGGCCAAAUCCGUAGUCGUCGGUGUGGAGGGGAUGACGUGCAAUUCCUGCGUUCAAACCAUUGAACAGCACGUCGGGAAGAUGAAUGGUAUCCAUGACAUUAAAGUAUCUCUAGAGGAUAAGAACGCAGUCAUCAUUUAUGACUCCAAACUGCAGACUCCAGCAACGCUGCAGGAAGCAAUAUAUGACAUGGGAUUUGAUGCUACACUGACAGAUGCAAACCCACAACCUGUUUUACCUGACUCUGUUUUUCUUACAAUCCCCGCUCAGCCAGCUCUAACGUCUAAACAGAUUUGUAGCGCGCUACUAAAGAACAAAGGUAUUGUGGAUGUCAAACUGUCCUCUGAUCAAAAAACCGCGGUGGUGACUUUUAUUUCGUCCGUUACAAACGGCAAGCAGAUUAUCCAGAUGGUCCCAGGGGUGGAUUUAAAUAUCUCUGCACCGGAGGCAACUCCUGGAACUUGUGAGGAUUCAGGCUGGUCUCAAGCGAGUAGCGUCGUGCUACGCCUGAAAGUAGCGGGGAUGACGUGUCAUUCCUGCACCAGCACCAUUGAGGGGAAGGUUGGCAAACUGCAAGGAAUUCAGCGGAUUAAAGUGUCCCUGGACAAUCAGGAAGCUGUCAUUGUCUACCAGCCUCACCUAAUUACAGCAGAAGAAAUUAUACAUCAAAUUGAAGCUGCGGGUUUCACAGCAUCUUUGAAAAAGCAGCCUAGACCCCUCAAGCUCAGCGCUAUUGACCUGGAAAGGCUGAGGAAUACUCAGGCAAGAGGCUCUGAGGCAGCGCUAAAAGAAAACUCGAAUGUGAACGAUGCAAAGACAGUCGUCUUCCGAAUUGAAGGCAUGCACUGCAAUUCCUGCGUCCUCAACAUUCAGAGCGCCGUGUCGGCACUCCCGUCAGUAACGAGUGUCGUCGUUUCGUUAGAGAAGAAAUCUGCUGUUAUAGACUAUAACCCCGACUUAAUUAACGUAGAUGUACUGAGAAGAGCCGUCGAGGCGGUGUCUCCAGAGACAUUUAAAGUCAGCCUUGCCGACGAAUAUGAAAAUGCAGGGCUUUUCCCCACGCUGGCGUCUCCGCUGAAGUCUCCUCAUCCGGUCUGGAAGGAUGCCGGCCAGCCGCUUACUCAAGUUGUCGUGAUAAAUAUCGAGGGAAUGACUUGCAACUCCUGCGUGCAGUCCAUUGAGGGGGCCGUAGCCCAGAAGGCAGGUGUGAAAUCCAUUCACGUCUCCCUCGCAAAUCGUAGCGGGACUAUAGAAUACGACCCUCUGCAAACAUGCCCGGAAGAGUUGCGAUCCUCAAUAGAGGAUAUGGGAUUUGAUGCAUCUUUAUCAGCGAAGACAGAACUGCCUGUGGCGACAGCUCAGCCCUCACCCGAAGCGCCGCUGGAAUCUCACAGAGCCAAGCCUCCCGCCAAAACGUCGCCAGCUGGGCAAGAGGCAAAGACUGUGUCCAAGUGCUACGUCCAAGUGACGGGAAUGACGUGUGCUUCGUGCGUGGCCAACAUUGAGAGAAAUUUGAGGAGAGAAGAUGGAAUACAUUCGAUACUUGUUGCCCUGAUGGCAGGAAAGGCAGAAGUACGGUAUAAUCCUGCCGUCAUCCACCCUUCGGCUAUUGCAGAGCUCAUACAGGAGCUGGGAUUUGGAGCUACCGUGAUGGAAAACUGUGGUGAAGGAGAUGGAAUCCUGGAACUUGUUGUGAGAGGAAUGACAUGUGCUUCUUGUGUGCACAAAAUAGAAUCCACCCUGAUGAAGACCAAUGGUGUCCUGUACUGCUCAGUAGCUCUUGCAACCAACAAAGCGCACAUUAAAUAUGAUCCUGAGAUUAUAGGUCCUCGAGAUGUUAUACAAGUGAUAAAGGAUUUAGGCUUCACUACUUCGUUGGUCAAAAAAGAUAGAUCUGCUAGUCAUCUAGAUCACAAACAGGAGAUAAGGCAGUGGAAAAGGUCUUUUGUUGUGAGUCUCGUUUUCUGCAUUCCUGUCAUGGGGCUGAUGAUUUACAUGAUGGUUAUGGACAGUCAGCUUUCAGAUGCUCACGCGCAUCGCAACAUGAGCAGCGAGGAGAUGGAAACCCUUCACUCCUCUAUGGUCCUGGAAUACCAGCUCCUGCCAGGACUGUCUGUUAUGAAUUUUCUGUCGUUUUUACUCUGCGUACCUGUACAGAUGUUUGGAGGCUGGCACUUCUACAUCCAGGCGUACAGAGCGCUGAAGCACAGAACUGCAAACAUGGACGUGCUCAUCGUUUUGGCGACUUCCAUUGCCUUCAUCUACUCGUUUGUUAUUCUCCUGGUCGCGAUGGCUGAGAAGGCAAAAGUAAACCCUGUAACUUUCUUUGACACCCCUCCCAUGCUCUUCGUGUUCAUCUCGUUGGGCCGGUGGCUAGAGCACGUUGCAAAGGGUAAAACAUCAGAAGCACUGGCAAGACUAAUUUCAUUACAAGCUACUGAAGCUACUAUUGUUACCUUGGGCCCUGAUAACGUUCUUUUAAGUGAAGAGCAAGUUGAUGUUGAGCUGGUUCAACGAGGCGACAUUGUCAAAGUGAUUCCGGGAGGCAAAUUCCCUGUGGAUGGUCGUGUUAUCGAAGGACACUCUAUGGUGGACGAAUCUCUUAUCACUGGCGAAGCGAUGCCCGUGACUAAAAAACCUGGCAAUACAGUUAUUGCAGGUUCUAUUAAUCAGAACGGAUCGCUGCUGAUUUCGGCAACCCACGUCGGAGCUGAUACAACCCUUUCCCAGAUCGUUAAACUUGUGGAGGAGGCCCAGACCUCAAAGGCUCCAAUCCAGCAGUUUGCAGACAAACUUAGUGGCUACUUUGUUCCUGCUAUUGUGGCUGUCUCGGUGGUUACCCUUUUCGCCUGGAUUAUAAUUGGAUUUGUGGAUUUUGAAAUAGUAGAAAAAUACUUUCUGGGUUACAAUAAGAGCAUUUCUGCAGCCGAAGUGAUAAUCCGCUUUGCUUUCCAAGCCUCUAUCACAGUCCUGUGUAUUGCAUGCCCUUGUUCUCUGGGAUUAGCCACCCCGACAGCCGUGAUGGUUGGCACUGGAGUCGGAGCUCAGAACGGCAUCCUCAUCAAAGGCGGAGAGCCCCUGGAGAUGGCCCAUAAGGUGAAGGUGGUGGUGUUUGACAAAACGGGUACUAUCACUCACGGCACCCCGGAAGUGAUGCAGGUGAAGUUUCUAGUGGAGAGUAACCAACUGCCACGUAAUAAGAUGUUGGCCAUAGUGGGGACUGCGGAGAGCAAUAGUGAGCACCCUCUGGGAGUAGCGAUAACAAAAUACUGCAAAAAGGAACUGGAUUCGGAAACCCUUGGGACAUGUACGGAUUUUCAGGUAGUUCCAGGCUGCGGCAUUAGUUGUAAAGUCACCAAUGUUGAAGCGUUGCUCUACAGGAAAAAUAAAAUGGUUGAAGAAAACAAUAUCAAAAAUAUGACACUUGUGAAAAUCGAGGAAAAUAUGGAUGAAUCGGCACAGCCUGCUUUGAUUAUUGAUGCAGAACUACCAACUACCGUGACUUCUCAGAAAUACUCUGUUCUCAUUGGGAACCGGGAAUGGAUGACUAGAAAUGGCCUCCUUGUUAAAAACGAGGUUGAUAAAGCCAUGACGGAACACGAGCGGAGAGGUCGCACAGCAGUUCUGGCAGCUGUCGAUGGAGUGCUUUGUGCCCUGAUAGCUAUUGCUGAUACUGUGAAACCCGAAGCUGAGCUGGCCGUCUACACCUUGAAGAGUAUGGGAUUAGAAGUCGUCCUGAUGACCGGUGACAACAGCAAAACAGCAAGGUCGAUUGCCUCUCAGGUUGGCAUCACCAAAGUGUUCGCAGAGGUUCUUCCCUCCCACAAAGUGGCCAAAGUGAAACAGUUGCAAGACGAAGGGAAGCGGGUGGCCAUGGUUGGAGAUGGCAUCAAUGACUCCCCGGCUCUUGCUAUGGCCAACGUGGGAAUUGCUAUUGGCACGGGUACUGACGUAGCCAUCGAGGCAGCAGAUGUGGUUCUAAUUAGGGAUGACUUGAUGGAUGUGGUAGCGAGUAUAGAUUUAUCAAGGAAAACUGUGAAAAGGAUCCGGAUCAACUUUGUCUUUGCUCUGAUUUAUAAUCUCAUCGGAGUUCCCAUAGCUGCUGGUGUCUUCCUGCCCGUUGGUUUGGUUUUGCAGCCCUGGAUGGGAUCUGCAGCAAUGGCUGCCUCCUCUGUUUCCGUUGUGCUUUCUUCUUUGCUGUUAAAGAUGUAUCGGAAACCAAGCUCUGAGAAACUCGAGUUCCGAGCCCGUGGCCAAAUGAGGCACAAGAGCCCCUCGGAAAUUAGCGUCCACAUUGGAAUUGAUGAGACUGGGACAGGCUCUCCCAAACUGAGCUUAAUGGAUCGAAUCAUCAAUUACAGCAGAGCCUCUAUAAAUUCUCUCUUUUCAGACAAGCGCUCAGUGAACAGCGUAGUGCUGAACGAACCGGAUAAGCAUUCGCUUUUGGUGGGAGAUUUUGGAGAAGAUGACGACACGGCAUUAUGAAAGGCUCGCCCCUCUCCGCCCACCACUGCUAAGCGAAAAAAAAC